GUUAUUCACCCCAAGUCAGACGACCAAAGAAAACGUUUAAACGAUGCAAUCAAGAACAUCCUACUGUUUCGGUCCUUGGACGACGAGCAGAUGCAGGAAGUUUUAGAUGCAAUGUUCGAGAAGGAGGUUCACCCUGGAGAUGUGAUUAUACAGCAAGGAGAUGACGGAGACAAUUUUUACGUCAUCGAUCA